AUGCCGACCAAGCCAGCCCUCACAGGCUCGUUCCAAGUCUCCAGUGAAGCAGAGAACGAGGUCGUCUGUCCGCUGAACAACCAAGAUGGCUCUCUCUGUCGCAAGAAAUGCCUCGGGGAGAAGCGUUACCGCUCCAUGCAGGAGCACAUCAGACGAGCGCAUCCAGACUUCUAUAUUCCUAAACUACCUGCUACCGAGGAAAGCUUUCAACUCAUGAUAACGACACCACCAACAGCCCGUCCACCUCAACCCCAACCCAUCGCAGCGCCUCAGCGGCGUGGUCCUUCAGAUGCGAGUGAACACGAUCAUCUUCUCGGUGACCUCGAUGGCAUGGGUGGCCACAUGUCCCUCCCAGGACAACCUGGACUCUCCAACGCGGCUGUUGCGCUGGCACAAAUGAACCAGUGGGACAACGACUUCGAUGUCUACUCUGACGCGGAUCUCCUUAAACGCGACUCUGGCUAUGGCCUACCCUCACUACGCGAUCACUUCGAUGAAGAUACCCUACACGCCUUUGGCAGACAACGCGAACUACUGCCUUCGAUAAUGUCACCAACCAACAGAUACUCCUCACUACCUCCAUUUCGGCAACAAGUAAAACGCCCACACAAGCCAUCAGUAGGCGAGAACGCACGCAAGGGCAAACACGAACGCGGCAAAUCCUCGAAAGAGUUCUCCGCCAAGGAAUUGUCCCGAAGACUCAGCCUGGAAGGACGAGUCAAGGCCAUGUCAGCCGAACCUCCAGCUGUGGCCGAAUGGGCACAGGGAAGACGAUGGGCAGACCUCGUGGAAGCUGCAACCAGCGCCACUGAGGCUGACGACGAUCGGGAUCUCACUCCUAUGCCGCAGGGGCCCCAAGGCCACUCUCCGCCGUCAAACAUGAAUCCGGUGUCCGCAACCGGCCAAUACCAACAUCGCCUUUCAGCCAGCUCCGCUGUAGACGGUUCAGGAAUGUUCAAUCGAUCAUCACUGCCGCCGGGCAUCCGACUAGGUACUCAACAGCACAAUCCGUCUCCGCUCGCACGAAACCUGACGCCGCCUCCCGCCGACUAUCUGAGGUCUGGUACAGAGCCUUUCCCAUCGGUGGAAAAUCUCGAGUCCGGAGGCUCGGUCCACUUGUACGCCAUCACCACUCAACGGGCUCGAGUUUCGGCAGCAAAGCAGACACGCUCGAGAUAUAUUGCGCUUCAUGUACCCGCCCGUGGCGUCUGA